UAUGUAUCCGGUUUGUGUGAGUUUCCCGUGCCCUCUCACCUUAAUCUCACGUCUGUCAAACGGUCGUGAAUAUUCGGAAGAUGUGAGACUUUGGGAAGUGGGCACGCCAAGAAAAUAGCAUCACGAACAUUCGCAUGAUGCCUUGACGUUCAAAAUACAUUACGACCGCCGAUGCUCCGAUUUAUUUGCGGUAACGACGAGAAAGCAUUCGACGGAAAAAGGAGCAAACUGAUCUUAAACGGUGCGCACAGCAAUGGCCACGACAGAAGGAGUCACGAUAGAGGAACUCAGGAUCGAGAUCGAAAGGUUAUCACGGGAACUAGAUUUAGCUUCUACGGAAAAAAUACAAUCUGCUCAAUACGGUCUCGCUUUGCUCGAGGAGAAGUCCGCCCUACAACAAAGAUGCAACGAUCUCGAGGCCCUCUACGAAAACACGAAACACGAGCUAGAAAUCACGCAAGAGGCUUUAGCAAAAUUUCAGACAACCACAAAAUUAACUACCAAAAGUGGUAUAGAACAAGAAGAGACUCUUCUUAGCGAAAGUGCUGCGAGAGAAACAUCUCUUCAGACACAGAUCAUCGAAUUGGAAAAUGAAGCCAAACAGUUACGUCAUGAAUUGGAACUUGUGCAAGCAGAACGUGAUCAUGCGUUGCAAGAACGUGAAGAAGUUGGAAAAGAUCAUCAACAAGCAGAGGCAGAAAGGAAAUCCUUACGUACUAUGUUACGUGAAUGUAGAUUUCGAGAAGCUCGACUUCUCCAGGACUAUUCGGAAUUGGAAGAUGAGAAUAUUUCAUUACAGAAACAAGUGUCUGGUUUAAGAUCCAGUCAAGUAGAAUUUGAAGGUGCCAAACAUGAAAUAAGGAGAUUGACAGAAGAGGUGGAACUUCUAAAUAGUCAAGUUGAAGAAUUAACAAAUUUAAAAAAGAUUGCUGAGAAGCAAAUGGAAGAAGCGCUUGAAUCUUUACAAGCUGAGCGCGAAGCAAAAUAUGCUCUUAAGAAGGAGUUGGAUCAAAGAAUUAAUAGUGAAUCAAUUUAUAAUCUUAGCAAUCUUGCACUUUCUAUUAGAGGAAUUACAGAAGAUCAAACAAUAUGUAGUGAUGGGGAAGAUGAUUCUCCUGCAUUACGUAGAAUUGAAGCAGACUUAAAAACUCAAGAACCAGGGACUUCUGCUACUGAUAAACAAGUUGACUUAUUCUCUGAGAUUCAUUUGAAUGAAUUGAAGAAAUUAGAAAAACAAUUAGAAUUAGCAGAAUCUGAGAAAGCUCAUCUUACGCAAAAUUUGCGGGAGUCGCAAUAUGCAGUUGAGAAAAGCCAGAAUGAAUUACAGUCCUUUGUUGCGCGUAUAGUGCAACUAGCAGCUCAUGUGCAGUCAUUACAUCACCUUCACUCCAAGUUACCUGAAAAACAAACUGAAGAAACAACAUUAGAUAAGUUGAAUCAGGCGAUAAUGCAGUAUCAUCAAUGGAGCACUAUGUCCGCGCGUGAAGUGAAUCAACUACAAAAGGAUCUGGCUGACUUAGAAAAUGGUUUAACUAUAUCUGAUUCAACUCAACAACUGCGUACAGAAUUAACAAAUCUUAGAAACAAGAUCCCCGAGUCAGAGAAGAGCCUUCGAGAAAAGGUUGGAACGUGUGGUCCCUUUGACCUUUUAGAUACAGAACAGAGAAGCAUACAACUCGAAUCCGAUAUUUCUAUUCUCUCAAAACUUGCAGUGGAAGCUGGUGGUUUUCUUGAUUCUGCACAAAACGAUUUGCAAAAUAUCUCUGACGAAUUAGCGCAACUUUAUCAUCAUGUUUGCACUGUUAAUGGAGAAAUUCCUUCACGGGUGGUCCUCGAUCACGAGAAGAUCGUCCCAGAGAAGGAAGAAGAGAAUGGAAAGAUAGAAUGGUGUCGAACUUUGUUUAAAACCGACAUUCAAAUUAAAGACUUAGAAAGUCUGAGUAAAGCGAAAGAAGUCGCCAAACAUAUAGAAACUGCGAUGGAUCAAAUAAAACACCUUCGAAGUGCCGUAGAGCAUACGAUCGAACUUUCCAAAGUUAAAGGAAUGCAGUCGAACGUCUGUAACGUUUGCGAGGGUUCAGUGAAUGAGAACAAGGCGGAAGUAGCAGAUUUACAAGAACAAGUAAUUAGAUUGAAGGCCUUGUUAUCGGCUAAACGCGAGCAAAUCGCGACUUUGAGAACGGUGCUUAAAUCGAACAAGAAUACCGCAGAAGUAGCACUUACGAAUUUGAAGGGCAAAUAUGAAAAUGAGAAGAGUAUCGUUAAUGAGACUAUGUUGAAACUGAGGAAUGAGCUUAGAAUGUUAAAAGAAAAUGCUGCAACAUUCUCAAGUUUGCGUGCGAUGUUUGCCGCACGUUGCGAAGAAUAUGUGACACAAGUUGACGAGCUCCAACGUCAAUUAGCCGCUGCAGAAGACGAUAGAAAAACAUUGAACUCCCUGUUACGUCUGGCUGUGCAGCAAAAACUCGUUUUGACUAUGAAAUUGGAGGAACUGGAGGUCGAUCGAGAAUUACGGAAUACUCGAAGACACGCCACUAGUGCAAAUGGACGAGGUAGAAUGCGAAUGUCGCAACAGACGAACCGUCCUCAUUUAGGCAGAGAUUUCUUCUAGAAAAUGAUGAAGAUGUGGAGCAAGCUGUUCUGAGAAAAACGAGGAUUUUAAACUUUUCUUUUUUUUUUAUCGUUUAUUGUCACAUUAUCUGCAUUCCUACAGAAAAAAUGUAGCUAUGCUUGCUCAAGAUUACUUUUUACCACAGUAGCAGAACAGGGAAACAAGUUAGCAUUACAAACAUUUUUUUCAUCGUGUAAUUUACUACAAAUAUAGAGUAGGAUUAUGGAUAUAUUAUGUCGUGUGAAUAUUUUUACAAAUUUCGACUCCAUCUGAUAAGGUUGAGAGACUAAAGAUUGUUCUCGUUGCGAAGAACAGCUUUUCUAAUACGCGUUACAAGGGACAUGGAUCAGGACAUUUGAAAAGUUUUGAAAUGUUCAUAUGUUCUUGUAUCGAUGUUGCUCCAUAUCGUAGAAACUGAUAGAAAUCUCUGCCUCCUGUUACCAAUAUUGUUAGUAGAGAUGUCUAACAAGCAUAGAAUGCGUUUCUGUUGUGCAAGAUUUUUAUUUCAUGCGGCGACAUUGUUGCAGAGUUGCUAAAAUAUUCUAUGCUUGGAGAUUUAUUCACGCAGAAUCGAUCAAUGAUUCUCGUGAGUAGCACGCUUAUCGAUAUCUAGAAUUGAUUUUUAAUCGAUUGUCCUUUCUUUAACGAAAUGUGGAGUUUUAAUUGUAAAUGUGUUUAUUUCUACAGUUUAGCAAUCGUAUAUUCUUCUUCGUAGCUAGAUUUAUAUUUUUUACCUUUUGGUACGAUAUUGAGUAUUAUUGUGUAAUCAUACAGGAAAUAAUUCCGCAUGGAUGGUUCAUAUGGUUAUAUAGUAAGUUUUUUCUAUUAAGGAGAAUGCAUGAUAAAAUGAACGUAUACUGUUUUUAGGUAGACAAAGGAAAAGAAAAACGAGAACUUUACAUUGCAUACCAUAGAGACAAUAUUAUUGUGCGCGACCGUAGAGUUUAUAAUCGUUUAUAAUCAAAGUAGAAUGGAAAAAAAAGUCGUAGACGUGUAGAGUUGAGAAAAAAAAGUACAGAGUAGCAGAAUAACAGAAUUAGGGACCCAUUCUCCAAGCAGUUUCUCAGAUUAAUAUACUUUGAUUGUGACAAAGAAGUAUUACCAUUUGCGCGAAAACAGUUUUAUUAUAUUUUAUUCCACACUUUUAUUUCAAUCACUGUUUUUCAGUUCAUUUUAACUCAUUUUUUGACAUCGUAUUAUUAUACGAUAGUAUUUUGUGAUUUUAUUAUUUUUGUGAGAAAGGAUCUUUUGGAAGUAUUUCAUAAAACUUGGCCUAAUCAGGCUUCGAAUCAAUUUUGUGUAAUUUGGGCAGCUUAUUAUUAUUAUUAUUAUAUAUAUAUAUAUAUUAGCAAUAUUAUUGCAUUCACUAUAAUUUUAUUUAAUAAUUUUGAUUGUUGUUAAUUUAUGUCUGUUUAUCUAUUUUAACCAUUUUCUUUUUAACCAGCAGUUGUGCUUUUUGGUAUUGAUCAAUGCAUAAUGAUUGCUUUAGUGAUAUUGGAUUUUAGUACUUGACACAGUUAUUGAUGAUAGAAACAUAACUAAUUAUCAGAUGCAAUCUAAGGUGGCUAUAUAUUAUUUAUGAAUAUGCAUGCUACUUUUUUAUUUUCUUAAAUUUUCGAGCCUCCUUGCACAAUUGAACUAAUAUUAUUAGCGAAAUUUUCCAAGCUACAAGAUACAAGUAGUGAUGGGUUCAAAUACAUUACAAGUAGGUUUGAACAGUGAUUCGCUAAAUUUGAAUCGUUUAUAAGCAUUUCGAAAAAAGGAAACAGUACUUUUGCGUAGAUUCGCAGUAGAUUCGAACUUGAACGCGACAGAUUCGAAGUAGAUUCGCCUCGCAAAGGUAUAAAUAUGAUAUACGGUGCUUUCCUGACGCUCACGAUUCGAUUAGUGCUUGUAAGAGUAUUUAUUCAUUCUAAUAUCGAUGUACUUGUAAGUAGAUUUUCGAAACUCGAGUACUCAGUCUGGAGUUUGAAAAUACCUUCUAUAGAUCGGAUAUCUGGCAAGUACAAUGAAUGAAUCAUUACAUGUUAUGAGUACUAUUCGAAACCCAUGAAGCGAACCUUGGCUAUUAGAUAUGACUCUGAUUUAUAAGCAUUAAAAGCACAUAUCGAAGCUGAUCCCAUCACUAGUUACAAGUUACCAAUGCUAAUUAAUUCUCUUGCGCAACAGUAACAAGUUUCUUUAGCGAACAAGCCAAGUUAAACUGUUUAAACAAUGAAAACUGUAAAAUUAUAAAAACUAUUUGUGCAACAGAAGUUUAUGAUUCACAACUUGUCACUUGUUAUUUCACUAAUACUAUUCUAGUUUACUUAAUAAUAUUAUUAGUUAGUAAGCUAACUAAUAUUAUUAGUAAAUUAUUGUGCCAGAGGAUCCUGUUCAUUUGUAUAUUUGUUGCAAUCUAUUUUGUUGUAGCACUCGAAAUAUAUAUAUCCAUACAUAUUUUUUUCAUUUCGUUCUGUCAAAACAGAAUGUAAAAUAAAUGAAAAAGAAAAAAUAGGAGAGUGUAUAUAUAAAAUGGUACGAUGUUGAGUUGCAGUAUGCAAGCGAAAUUUUCAUUUUCGUAAAAGCAAAAGAAAAGUAUUUUAUGGGCAUCUAAUGUUUCUGCGAGAUUUACCAGCGCUAAUUACAUUGAAAUUUUAAUCAUUCAUCGAAAUGCGCGCGAGCGUGUGUGUGUGCGUAUAUUUUCGUAGAGAUACAAGCAUAAUGUGCUUGGUACAUUAUGCAGGAUAUUUAAAUGCAAUUAUAUUCGUGCAAUUUCACAAGCUUUUUAUUGAGAGUCAUAUUAAUUGCAAGUUUUCAACGUUUCUUCUGCUCCAACCUUAAUUGGAAAGGCAAUAUUUAUUAUAUAUACAUGCUUCGUAUUUAUCAGACGUACGCUUUUAUUAGUAUAAUAUUUAUUUUGAAUCAUGGUGAAAAUUUUUAUGUAAGGAAGUAUAUCCUGCAUAUGUAUGUGACAUGUACGUUUAUUGUGAACCGUCUUUAAUCAAAUUUGUUAUUAACAUGAUUAGUGUUAUUAUUAUUAUUAUUAUUAUUGUCAUUAUUACUAUUAUUAUUAACAACAUUACAAUUGUAUAUUAAUUAUUGCGAUAUUGCUGUCAGCUUCGUCGCGGAAUCCAGAUGAGUACCUAAAGAGAAUUUAUCGAUCGUUCAUUGACUAUCAAUCAAUUGAUCAGUUAUCACUAUUAUUGUAUUUAUACCGUAUAGUUAUUGUAUUGCCUGUGUCUACGGUUUUAACUAGAGACGGAAAAUCUUAUUAUUUAUGUUUUUGUUUCCCCUUCGUUAACAUUAGCUAACAAUCAAUGGAAUAAAAUUCAAAGAUUAUGUUUUUGUUUUAUGUUAUUUUCCCAUUUUUAUUUCUAUUACUUAUUCGCUGUAUAUGUUUUCUCCUCAGUUUCAUUAUGUAGAUGUUCAAGUGAAAGUUACACGUACAUUAUUGUAAAUUAAUUUCUUUUUUCCAUUUAAAACUACAUUGUUAAGUCGAAGUUCGUGCGAUAGACACAGGUAGUUCUAAUUUAUGUCCAUAAACCGAGCCAGCCUCAAGCCACCGUCCCUUCCCUUCCCUUCACGCCACUGCCAGGAAAGAACUAGAGAAAAAUGUUCUUUUCUUUCUCGAUUAUUCUUACUGUUAUUAGUUACUACAUUCUCCUUCUGACUUCGUCCUUAACGUAAAGAAAUUCGUCCUUAACUUUUCGCCUUGCCGUCCGCGCUGUCCAAAGGCGAUUCGAAAUCGUUUCGAAGCAAAAUACUAAUUCUAAUAAUUUCUAUCGGAUGUUGUAUGAUAUUAACCCUUUGUGGAACAAAGUGCGUUUUCAUCGUUAAAGUUUUUAAUCCAUAUAUUAUAUAACAAGACGUAUCCAAGUAUUGAAGUAUUCGAGCACUUUAAAAUACAUAUCUACACGCUUAUGUAGGUAAUAAUUUGAACAUCUAGAUAUUCAAAUAUGAUAUUUUAUAUCUACGUAUUAAAUUACUCGAUUACUAAUGUACUCUAGUAUUCAGCAAAUAUUGGAUCGUUCCAUAAAGCAACGAGAUUUGUUUGAGAGUUGAGUUUAAAGUCGUCGUAAGAGGAGUUUUAUUAAAAGGUUUUCUAAAAAUUUAAUAGGAAAAUUAUUAAAAGAUAUGUUAAUGGACAAACAAUUUUAGGCAUGAGAGAUGAUACGUUAUCGAUUGAUUAUCUAAUAUACUCGUACAUACGUACGUAUUGUAGUAAAAUGGCAUUAUUUACGAGAUGAAUAACACACACACAUAUAUAUAUAUAUAAAUCCUCGAGUAUUUGAGUAGUUAUAAUUACCUGUGUAUAAUCAGGUAUGUAAACACCCAUAUAUUCAUGCACUUAAAUGUCAUAUAUACAAAUAUAUACUUAUGCACCUGAACAUUAAGAAACCCAAGUAGCAAGGUAUCGAAGUAUCUGAAUGACUGAGAGAUCAAGUAUCUGAAAGCAUAUGUAUUCGAGUGCUCAAAUACCUGAAUACCCAAUUGUUAAAAUACUUAACAAAUUUGGGAUGUAAAUAUUUGUAACGUCCAGAAUAUUCAUACGGAUCUCGAUACGAAUAGUAAUACCGAUAUCAACACAGAUAUUGAUACGUUGUAUUAUCGACAAAGCCGUUGUGAUAAAGCUGACUGUAACGCUGUUGAAAUCUCGUGAUCACUUGGCAAACAAACGCAGCUUAGGUACAUACACAUCGAUCCUUUUGAUGAUUUUAAUUGAAAAAUAUCGUAUCGUUCUGUAGCAUAGAGUACUAUAAAUCUGGAAUUAUUUAAAUGGCAUUAAUUAUUAUAUAAAAUUGUUAUAUACUUUCUUUUAUUUUAUUAUAUUAUAUAUAUAUAUAUAUAUUAUACAUAAUUAUUACAUAAUUGCGAUAUAUCGUAUUGUUUUAAAGGAAACAUUCCUCAAAGGGUUAAAACGCUAAAUUUCUUAACAUAAUUCGAGACCUAAUUAUCUUGAUAAUUAUACGCGUAUAUUCUUUGCAUAAUGAAAGAUGAGAAGAGAUGGGAGAAGCAAAGAUUUUCCGACGAGAAAACGAACGAACGAAAUUCGGUCGCCGAAGCGCAAAGCUGUAAGUGACUUUUGCCAAAGACAUUCUGUCCUUUCGAGGGAUUUUAUUAUCCUUCACGUACUUACGUCCUUCACAAAGUUCCUUCGUCUUAUAUUAUAUGUAUCGGCAAAGCUCUUUGUAGGCAUUACCCCGUUGAAAUUCCCAAAGGAAGAAUCCGUAGAAACGUGUUCUUUUGCUCCGCAAAUGUAGUAGAUUGAAAAAUACGAUUGACCAUACUGUUGUUUCAAAGGAGAAAUUUAUCGAGGAUUUUCAAACUGUUUUCGUCCAUACAAAAGACAAAUAUAAACGUCUGUUCUCUACUUUUCACAAUGGUGCGAGUCACUUAUUAAAACUAGUACCGUUUAAAAGAAACAUCGUCUUAUGCAUUUCGACAAUACCGGUAUUAAACGAUUACUAUCAUUUUAGAAACGUUUUAUCGUAUUAAUGGUUCGUUAACCCUCAGACGAUGAAAGCUGGAGCAAUUCUGACUUACGUAGAUAUUUCGUUUUUACCAAGCUCCAAGUUACGUGUGUUAGGAUAUACAUACAUACACGUAGAGAUUAAAUGCUCGAUAAUUUUACCUGUUUAUAGUUUCCACUUGUUUCGUUAUAAAUCUGUUAUCACCUUCGCAUCACGUACAUCUUACGAUGUAAAGUAUCGAUAUAUUGAAUAAAUCAAACAAUGUUAAGAAAAGAACCUUUCCGGAAAAAGGUCUUUUUCGCUACGAAAUAAAAUGUUCGACGUUCGUGACGAUGAUCCAGCAUUUAUCGGACGAGGGUUAAAAAAUUCGUCUGCGAUUCGCAUUAAAAAUAAUCUCUCGAACGAACGAGUAUUUCUUUCUGUCUGUCCUUCAUCGAGCUUAUACGGUUAACAGAAAGGAGAGAAAGAUAAACGAUCGAAGUGAUCGAUAUCGUUUAACGUCGAAGAAAACGAAAGAAAAAAAAAAGAAAAACACGGAAGAAUGUAAAAGAAAGAACAAAAGAGACAAACGUCGUUAUAUUUUUACAUUCGUGAGAAAGUUGAUCGAGAACGAUUUGAUAUAAAUUUAGAGGGAGAGCGCGCGAACGAGAGAGAGAGAGAAAGCGAGAGUGAGAAAGAGCAAGAGCGAGAGAGAGCGAGAGCGAGAGAGAGAGAAAGGGGAAAAAAAGAAAAGAAAAAAGAGAAAAAUCCAAUAAGAGGAUUAUUAAAAAACAAUAAACAUCAGAGUCUACCUGCCGGCGGGGUAAUCGAGAAAAAUGGGAUAUCGGGAAUAACUGGCAGGCAGAUUUGCUCAAGGCUUCCAUAAAAGCUCUGAUUGCGUCCCAAUUCUGGCUGACUUCCUGGCGGUGGUGUGUUCGUGUUUGGCUUAGAUCGUAUUAUACGAACGUUAGCAAGUAAAAAGAAAACGGUCGAGUACCGAAUAAGACUACAGCCCGUAAACGGCAUAGACUAAGCGAUUUAACCGAUUGCGUAGCUUGCGCUGAAAUUAUUGUCGACCAGAAAGAUACAUGGGGUUAGGAUGGGUACGAGCUUUUACGUCUUCGAGGACGUUCGUGUGUUUCUUGCACCUUAACAGGGUCCACGUUUAGUCAAAAUGUCGAGGAGAUAUCGAUUUUUCAUCUGUUCUUUUUUACCGAUUCCAUUUCUCAUCGUUUCACGUUAGAAGAACGUCUUUCAAUGGCGAAGGCGAAUAUCUUGUUUACAUCUUUCUUUUCUGAGAUUUUAAAGUAGAACCUCGAUUAUAUCAGAACACCGAUCCACGGAACGAUCGACGAUCGAAAUAUCGAUCGAUGGAAAAUUUGGAUCCACGCUUUCUUAAGUAGCAUCGCACAACACAAAUCGUUACGUUUUCAGUCUAAAUCUUAUGUCUUUGUUUACGUGUUAAUAUUGGGUUGGCAACUAAGCGAUUGCGUCAUUAGGUGGUAUUGACAAAAUCCCCAAUCACUCAGUUGCCAACUAAAUAUUUCUAAAAUAAUUGGGAAUGAGCGAAUAAUCGUCUCACACGAAUCGUCUGAAAUUAUUCGAUUAUUAGGUACGUCAAUGCGUUGCGAUCAGUUCGGAUGAUUAAGGUUCUACUUUAUUUGGUAAAAUUUUUGAUUGAACCAGCGAAGCAUUUCGAUGCCACAGAUAGUUGGAAUAUGAUAUACUAGAGAUAUUGAUAUCCGAUCUUAGUAAAAUCGCUAGCAGUAGGUAUAAAACUAUAAUGACUGUAUUCCCUAGGAACGUAGGUAGUGGCAUAUAUGUAGUUACUCUUAUAGGAUUAGUCUAGGCAGUGAAAUUAAAACAGUGAUUCAUAGCUAGAAGUUAUACAAUCUCUCGUUCCGUUAGCUUUGCUACGUCUUCGUAAAACGAUGUUUAUAUAUACCACGUGAAAAUGUGGUCUACGAUUACUCGACUCUUCUUAGAUCUUCCAGUGGCAUCGUAAUGGUUCACUAAAUUUUAAAACGAAACGUUUACAAAGGCUCACAGAUUGUUGCUAAACACAAAGCUAUUUUUAUAGAGAUUCUAUUUUAUCAAAAAUAUCAAAUCAAACUCAAUCGAGGAUUACAGAUGAGAAACAUGAUAUCGAAGUAUGCUCUUAUUUAUUAUCUGGUUUUGAUAUCGCUUUUGUCAAAUAAGAGAAUCUCAAUUAAAACAACCUAUUAGGUUCGAAGAUCUUUCAAAAAACAGCUGAAAAAUCAAAGUUUCCCGAAAGCAAAAGGUGAUAAGCAUCGAGACGAACGUUAUUUUAAUCGUAUUUCGAAGAUCUUUGAUAGAAAGAAGGAACAGACACUUAACUUUGGAACUAACUAAAAAGACGAUUUUGUGGUAAUAAACGUGUUCUCCUAUAAAAAUCCUUAUCACGUUCGUCGUCUGUAAUCUUCCUACGUUCUAUGAUAUUAUUCCACGUUAUUUGAACAUUGUAUCCUUCGUCAUUGAUAGACGUUUAGAACCAAAGAAAGCGCACUUUUUAAUCCGACAGCGUGCUCGUGCAUGGACCCGAUGUCUUUGUAAAUAGUGUAAAUGCACAUUAGUGUAAAACGCCAUCAUAAGACGAAAAAGAGACGUUUCAACGUUACGAUAAGACACUCGAAUACCGAAGAAUUUAACUUGGUAUAUUUUCUUCGUAGACGUGUAUACACGUACCUAACAUCUUAUGUGUAAGACAACCUUGUGUAAUCGUAGAACGGAGAUCGAUCAAAGAUCGCAACCGUAAAGUUUGUAGCGAAUUCGUAACUUUUUUCCUUCCAUCCUCCUCCCCCCACUCCUCCGUGUUUAUUAUUCUUAUAAUUGCGAAGUUAAUCAGACGAGGGCGUCGCUCGUGUUAACCAGACGAUAUCGAUAGUAGAUACUAAGUAGAUGUUCAGCGAUACUUAUUUACCGGGUGAAGAAACGUGUAACGACAGCGCAGAAUGUUCAGGCCACGAGCGUGGUGAGCUGAAGUUGAACGUUAUUAAACUAUAAAAUCGGGACAUUACCCGCAUUAGAGAUUCUUUUUGUAACAUAAAGUGAAAUAUAAUCAUUUGUAACACGAA